AUGGGUAGUUAAUUUGCUCAGAGCAGAACCGCGAGUGGACGUCUGUCAGAGAACGCGAUAAGUGAAAAGUAAAUACGAUCCUGCGUUGCUGUCCGUCCUUUUUUUGGGAAAUAAACUCUAAGCUACCGAAAUGGCUCUGGUGCCGGCCACAAACAACACGGACUGGGAUUACUGGGAUUACCGUCGUCGGCUGUGGAGGGACUGGGACCUGAACGACUGGGACCUGCCCUACUGGAAGCGGUCGCUGUCCCGCGUUGGGUCCGCGCCCGAUCUCAGUCGGGUCAUCGUCGGCAAGGAUGGCUUCGAGGCCAAUGUGGAUGUGCACCUGUUCAAGCCGUACGAGAUCAGUGUGAAGACCUCGGGGGACACGGUCGUGGUGGAGGCCAAGCACGAGAAGCGACGGGACGGCGACACCUUCGUGGGCCGCCACAUCGUCAAGCGGUUCGUCCUGCCCCGAGGAUACUAUCCCAACGACGUGCGGUCGGAACUGUCCUCCGAUGGCAUACUCACCGUCAAGUGUCCGCCGUAUUUGACCAACGAGCGGAGCGUGUACGUCCGCCAAGUGGGGCCCUCGUAUCUAAGCAUCAAGAAUUAACCCCAGGUCCCUAGCAUCGUAAUUCCGCGUUAUGUUCUUAGUUCUUUUCUGUUGGAGCAACAAUUGAGAGACAAAAGUUAUGCACAUAAUUCUAAGACUAGAAUUGGACUCUUUUUUGUAAUUAACAAGACAACAUUUGUUUAGUUAAAUAAAAUAAAAGUUAAUUUAUUAAUAAUGUA